UCUAUGCAAGGCUCUUUCCUAUGAGGAAAAUUCCGCCCAAGAGGGAAAGAAGUCCCUCAACUGGGAUUCUAGUAAAUUUUUUAACAUAAGUAAGAUCUAGUGAAGAGGAGAUAACUUUUAACAUUCUAUUUUGCUUUAUCGAUGCUUUGAAUAGCGUAGUUUCGUACCCAAGAGAUUGCUUGCUAAAGGAAUGCUUACCGAAGGUUUUUUUUCCUAGUCUUAGAAAAAAUCAAUGUUAGGAGUACCCGAUAUUCUCCGACAUUUACCCGGCAAUCUUCGACAAAAGCAUACCAUUUUCCUACUCUAAAUAUAGCCUCUCCAAUCGAUUUCGUACCAUCACCGACUCCGCCAUAAGAGAAAAUCAAAGCUUUGAAUCAGUUCCUCUCGCUGCUUGGUUGUUGCACAACUCCAACAUCUUUAUAUAUAUAGGCACCAAGAACAAAAGGCCAGCAAACACACCUUACACCAUAUAAGCAUCAUCUUAGAACAAUAUGUAUGUGACCAGGCCUCUCUCCCAUUACCAUAACAACCCCCAUGCUCUCUCUGAGUACCCGCCAGAAGGUCCCGGUUCUGGUAUUCUUGUGAUCAAAGAUGAAGAGGCUGAGAGUGAACAAGUGUGCUGUUGGGGACUCUGCAAAGAUUCGAGGAUUUAUGGCCUCCCAUUCCCUCAAAAUACCAAGAUUAAAGUUCGAUAUACCACCAGCCACCAAGGUGCAAACGGCCAGAGUCACAGUACGACCUAUAGAGAUGAUGUCUUCUUCAUUCCAGCCAUUGCCCAGCCGUUAUCAUCAAAUAGGUACCAUGUUAUCAGAGCAGAUGGAAGAAACAAAGGGAAAGCAGCCACAUGUUCGAGAGAGGAGGAUAUGACCACAUGUUGUUUUUGUUCAUUUGCUAAUGAUGUCGCAUCAAGUCCUUUAGAUCACACAGAUAUUUAUCAGCAAGUAGAGAUCAUCUGUCACAGAAAUAAGUUUCACGCCAAGGCAGUAGCUUCUGAUGGAAUUCCCCCAGAAUAUCUUAGAAGGAAAGGUUGGCGGGCCUACACUUCGGAUUCAACUAAUUACUACUUAACCGAAGCUCGAGGCCUUGAUGUGUCUCUUAGGAAUAGAUUGCCUGAUCUGGACUUCAACAUUUCUACAAAACGCUCUCCUGCCAUUGUUGUGGGGAAGUGGUACUGCCCUUUUAUGUUCAUAAAGGAAGGUGACCGAUUAAAAGACCAAAUGAAAAGAUCCAUGUUCUAUAACUUGACUCUCCAGCAAUUCUGGGAGGAGAUCUAUAGCUGUGAGAAUGAUGGCAAGGAAGGAAACGAUGUGAACCUAAGUAUUGGUGUUAGAAGGCACAUGGCGUUGCUGAACGGUAGUGAAGUAGUCCAUGACAGCAGAGAGGUGGUCGAUGGAAUGGUGUGGUUCAAGCCUGUCAACUCUGGGGAGAGGGGAUUGGGUUUGAGUCUAGCAAUAUGGGAGAGGAUGCGGUGGGAGGAAGAAAGAGGUGGGUGGAUUGGUGGUCAAGAGAAUGUGGAAAGGCUAGAGGUGUAUGGAGGAGAGAAUGGAUGGAAGAAGUUUGGUUGCUAUGCAUUGGUGGAAUCAUUUGUUCUGAAAAGAAUGGAUGGUACCGUGGCUUUAACCUAUGACUUCAAGCACACUAACAAAAUUCGAACCAAAUGGGAAUGAGAGCUUUCCAUCAUCUUUACAUUUUGUCUUAGUUAUUUAAUUAUUACCAUUUAUUUUCUAGAAUGAGUGUAUGAGUAUGUGUACCAUUUGGUUGAAACUGGAAGUUUGGAACAGAAUACAUGCAUUAUUGUAUAUAAUCGAAGUUUGGGUCACGAUCAUGCAUGUUUUUAUCAAAGUUUUAGCAUCUCUAACACAUUAUUGAUAGGGAUGCCAGAUCAGCUAUGUUGUAUGUGAUACAAGUGUCUUGGUGUGAUUCACAUAUAUAGUAUUAAUUACUUUGUUCCAGCAGAAAUUUUCUAUUUCGUCCAUGCCACGCAAUCAACCUAUUGGAUCACAAACUGGUGUAUUUUUUGCUUUUUCAGACCACCAG